AUGUUAAGGUGGAUACUCUCUCACUCGAGCUUUGAGUCCACUGGUGAAUUCUUUUUCCAACGGUCUCCGCCAGAUUGGAUCAAUGCAGUUCAUGAGGACAGGCAAAAUUUCAGACCUUUUGUGUCGCAGGAAAACUGGAUGCUGGAAAGGUCAGUGGGUGCCAAUCUGCGCUCUAGCCAGUAUCAAAUUCAAGUCCUGUGGCUUCUCGUUCAGUAUAAAGCGACAUUUAUCCCCAAAUUUGUGGCCAAAGUAUUCCCGGAAUACACUGAAACGGAUGCACUGACCCAGCUUCGACGCUUUCCUCCACGCGUACCCAAGACGCUCAAGGAGGCAAAACAUGAACUUGACCCAUAUGUCAACGAAGCUCGAGUAUAUCACCGCAUUGAGACGUCGUGUCCAAGCUCCGAAAAAAUCUAUUUCCCUCAGUUCCAUGGUGUCAUCACUGACUUUGGUGUAUCAAACUUCAUCCCUGGUUUUAUCAACCCUCGAGCUGUUGUGCUCGAAGCUGUCAGGCCAAAGCUUGCAUCACGACGAAUCCUAGCGACAUGCAGAGAAGAUAGUCAUGGAUUCAGGAAUCAGCUCAGCGGUCUAGGAUUCCUCAGUGUCUUCGAAAUGGAGUACUAUAAUAGUCUUUUCCAUGACCGUAUUCGCCGUCUUUUAGCAUUACACCGACUCGGGAUCACUCAUGGUGAUGUACGAGAUGAUCAUUUCAGACUUCCAGGAGACUUCUACGAUACAGUCUUAUAUGACCUUUCCAUUUCAUACACUUUCUCUCCAGUCACACCAUACUUGGUCAAUUUUAGGCUACCGCGUUCUCUAAAAGAUAUAUCAGAGAGCGAACAGGCCAUGGUUGGACAGCAUAUAUUAGAACGGUCGAAAAAUAUAGAUUUCCGUGAUCAUCUUAUUAAGUCUACUGGGAUCACUGAAUCAGCGAUUAUGAAUGCGCUCUUCCGACCUCCCAACGAUGAACCAUUAGAGUUGAUAAUCCUGCGAAUAAGGUUCCGACCUGACGCCUUUUCCAUGCCAUCGGUGAAUUCGGUCUUCCCUUUCCUUGAGGCUUUGCGCCCAAAGGAUGAUUACACCUGGCAUAUCCGUCGAGGUCGGCUGCUGGAAUCCUAUGAACCACUUUGGUUAUGCUCUACAAUGGAUGAUUCCGGCCAAGCUGCCAUGAGCUUCGUUUCCGACAUGGAUUGCGUUCAAAACAUGAAGGGGUCAAGGUGCAGGUACCUACUCUGCUUAAUACCCAAAGAAUGGGGUGUGGAAGGUGUCCGCAGUCUUCUUAUGAGUAUCUGCUUGUCGUUGCCGCGUGGUAGUCGGGGCUGCAUUAAAACCUGGCUUGAGUUGAAGAGCUACACCUAAUCAUGAAUCACGACCUAAUCUACCUCAUGAGAGGUAAUUGUCUGGAUACUCUACGCGGGCACAUGUUGCCUAUUUAUCUCACUCCUCGUUUUGCAUUGGGCACCUGAUUUCGCAGUGCGCGUCUUCCAGUAUGGGAGAAUAUAUGGCAAAUGUUGGGAUACAUUGAUUUGUCGUGUCUCCUACCUACUAGUAUUGGCACAUCCUAGGCAUAUCGGC